UGAAGUGAGCCAUAAACUUUUUGAAAGCACUGAAACAUGUCACUGCCUUGGAGGAAGAAACAAAGAAGCAUAUGUGAACUUGUCCCGGGUACCAAUAACAGUAAGCAUUUCAAGAAAAUAUCAGCACCACGCCAUAUACUUGGCUAUGCUACACUGCAAACUACCAUUUCACUAUUACCCUUCAGUUUUCGUCAAUUCGGAGUUUUGAGUGCAUACUACAAACCACUUCCCUUACUAUUUCGUACUUUGAUCUUGUGAACAUGGCUGCUGAACUUGUGGGAGGAGCUUUUCUCUCUUCUUUUCUCAAUGUCCUUUUCGACAGGCUGUCUGAUCCUGAGAUCAUCAACAUGAUGAGAGGAAAGAAGGUUGACCAGAAGCUGCUUCAAAGGCUGAAGACCAUUCUGAAUGUGGUUGAAGCUGUGUUGAAUGAUGCUGAGAAGAAGCAGAUCACUGACUCUGCUGUCAAGAGGUGGCUCGAAGAUCUCCAAGAUGCUGUCUAUGAUGCUGAUGACUUGUUGGAUGAAGUCGCUACCAAAGCUGCUACUCAGAAGGAUCCACCAGGUAACUUCUUGUCUCGCUUUCUCAAUUUGCAAGAUAGGGAGAUGGUCACUAGGAUUGAAGAAAUCAUUGCUAGACUAGAAGAUAUUGCAAAACACAAAGAUAUCCUUCGUCUGGAAAAGAUUGCAGCCAAGAACAUGUCUGGGAGGAUUCCAUCAACCUCACUGGUUAAAAAAUCUGAUAUAUUUGUUGGAAGGGACAAAGAAAGGGAUGCCAUAGUGAAUUUGCUUUUCGAUGAUGCUUACAAUGGUGAACUGUCCGUGAUUCCCAUAGUGGGCAUGGGUGGGAUAGGAAAAACAACUUUGGCUAAAUUGGUUUAUAAUGAUGACAAAGUGCAGCAGAAGUUUAACGUGAAGGCAUGGGUUUGUGUUGGUGAGGAGGAAUUUGAUGUUCUUAAGGUGACAAAGAUUGUGAUAGAGAAAACUUGCAGUCCUUGUUACUCAAAUGAUUUAGAUACAGCUCAAAAUCAUUUGAAGAAUGGGCUAGCGGGGAAGAACUUCUUGGUUGUUCUGGAUGAUGUCUGGAGCAGUAAUCGUGAGCGUUGGGAAAGUUUUCUUACACCUUUUGAAUGUGGAAGUGAGGGAGGCAAGAUUCUUGUAACAACACGUCUUGAUACAGUUGCUUCUGUGGUGAAAACUAAACAUAAUGAAGCUCACAAUUUAAGUUUGUUGGAUGAAGAACAAUGCUGGUCAGUGUUUGCAAAUCGAGCAUGGGGUCCUACAGAAUUCCGAGAUCAUUCAGCUUUAGAAGAAAUUGGUAGAAUAAUUGUUAAAAAAUGUAAAGGAUUACCUUUGGCAGCUCAAACAGUUGGAGGGUUAUUGAGUGGGAAAGAUAAUGAAAAGGAUUGGAAUGAUGUUUUGAAUAGUGAAUUCUGGGAACUCUCUGAGGAGGAUAGUGGGAUUCUUCCUGCAUUGAGGAUCAGUUAUUAUCACCUCCCAUCAUAUUUAAAACGCUGCUUUGUUUAUUGUUCUUUGUAUCCUAAGGACUUUGAAUUUGAUAGAGAUGAAUUGACAUUAUUGUGGAUGGCAGAAGGUCUUUUGCUAGAACCAAUGAGUGGAAACACUUUGGAAGAAAUUGGUUAUGAAUAUUUUGAUGAUUUGGUUUCGAGAUCAUUUUUUCAACAUUCUAACUCUGCUAAAAAUUCAUUUGUAAUGCACGAUCUCAUGCAUGAUUUAGCAAAGUUCUAUGCUGGAAAGUUCUUUUCUAGUAUCCUUGAACUCAAGAAUGCAGCAAAGCAUGAUACCAAAACUCGCCACUUGUCAUGUGCUCACAAAAAUGAUGAUGAUUCCCUUAUGAAGAUCAUGGAAGCAUGCAAUAGGUUAAAACAUGUGAGGACAUUGUUGCAACUCAAUUUGCAUAAAGGUCAUGGAACCCGAGAGGGAGAUAGAGUAUCCGUUCCUUGUGACUUACUAGAACAAUUGAAGUGCUAA